CUGGCCCGAAAUCGUCCGCAGAGGAUCCGUAGGCGUCCACGUCGUACGUCGGAUCAAUGAAGCGCGCCGAGGAGUACGCAGCGGUGCCAACCAAGCGGCCGCGCGCCGAGGACAAGCCAGACGCGCCGCCCGCGGAAGAGCGCCGGACCGUCCGGUUCGUUGAGAAGGGCACGCUCCUAUCGCUGGCCGACGAUGGGCUCACGGUGACGGGAAGUAAAGGCUACUGCAUGGCGCGCGCCAACUGCGGCGUUCGCCAUGGCCGUUGCUAUUACGAGAUCACGCUGCAGCCGGCCGACGUGCCCUACCACGUGCGCUUUGGCGUCGGCACCAAGAAGGCCGAUAUCAAUGCGCCCGUGGGCUUUGACGAGUUUAGCUACGCGUACCGCGACCUCGAGGGCGCAGUCGUCCACAAGAGCACGCGACGCGACGGCUACGGCGCGGUCUUUGGGCCUGGCGACGUCGUCGGCGCCCUUCUCGUGCUGCCCGAUCGCGCCGAAUCAGGUCCUGAUCCCACUUUGGCACCCGCAAAUCCUGCUUCGCCCAGCAUCGGCUCAGAAUCUCCGCGGGUGACGCCAGCGCCAGACCUCAAGAAGACGAGCGGUACCCUUCGCUUCUUCGUGAACGGUGUCGACCAAGGCGUUGCAUUCGACGACCUGCCUUGUGGGGAUGUGUAUUACCCAUGCGUGUCCAUCUACCACGCCGGCAGCGUCGUCGCCAACUUUGGCCCUGCGUUCAAGACACACGACAUGGAGGAUUCUGCGAUUCCGUACGCUAGCCCGUCACCCUAGUGUUUUUACUACAAGGAGAAGAGUAGUACGUUUCUAUUAAAAAGUCAUGCCGUCAUGGUACGGCGGCUGCGCACACGA